GCCAAGCUGUGUGUCUGUGACCUGCUGGUGGCACAGUGUGAUGUAAAUUGCUGCUGUGACCCCGACUGCAGCGCAGCAGAUUUCAGUCUCUUUACUACGUGUUCCGUGCCCAUUGUCACAGGUGACAGCCGUCUCUGUAGUCAGAAAGCUGCUAUAUAUUCACUUGAUGUUGAAGCCAAUCCACCAGAAAGGAUAUUUGAAUUAAUUGACCAAAUCAAUCCCAGUGUUUUUUGCAUUCAUGCUACAAACUACAAGCAAGCCCUUUCCUUCAGUUCCCCCGAAAUGCCUACUUCUGAAAAUUUUGAUCAAUUGCUUGAGCGAUUUGGAAGUGCUACGUUCAGUGCUGAGCCUGACAGCUGGAACAUGGACACAGAUGCUCAAAACCCUUCUGAUGCAAAUGAAACGUAUAGAUAUGAGUAUGGUGUUCCUGUACAGACAGUGGAUGCCUUUCUAAGACUACCGAGUCCUGUUGUCUCCUCUUGGUGUUCUGAUGUGAAUCCUGCAGGGUUUUUAGUAAACCAGGCUACAAAAUGCACUAGAGCCGUGAAGGUGGAGCAAUGUGGCAACACUCAAGCACUCAGUAUGCUGUUCUACAUCAACUCCAGCAUUUUAGCAGUGCCCAAAUCAAGUCAGACGGUUAAUAUUACUGUCCAGUCCAUAGUUGUCCAGACUCUGAAUGGAAUGCGGACUUUACCUAAUGGUAGUGAUGUCCUCAGGCUCCCUAUGAUUUUGGAUGAACUGUGCAUAAACAUAGUUCUUGGGGUGAGUUAUCACAUUACCUACACAGACGCAGGAGAAAUAAUAGAAGCAGCUGCUGCUUUUGUCUUGGGGGCAAUUAACGAAGAAACACUUUCAAUACAGCAGAGCUUUGAAAUCAGCUUUACUCAGGUAAACACAAACCCAGUUCCUCUCAGUGGUAACCCUGGUUAUGUCGUCGGACUGCCUGUCAGAGCGGGCUUCAGGCCACAAGGAUCUGGCAUCAUUAAGAAUGCUGACGAAUACAGGCAACUUACCGUUCUGCAGAGCACAUCCAACCAGGACUGUCUGGCUGCUCAGGGAGCCAGAACCCCAGUGUUAUUUGGUUAUAACAUGGUAUCAGGCUGUAAGUUACGAAUCACUGCAGCUAUGAAAUGCCAGCCUUUGACUCAGACCCUCUUGGAUUUACUGAAGGGACAAAGCUUUCCUGAAUAUGUGGCCUCAUUUGGCAAUUCCCAAGCCCAGGAUGUGCUCGACUGGGUGCCGAUAACUCACCUCCACACCUCAGACCAGAGCUCGUGCCAAAUACCAGUAGCACUUGAAAUAGAAGUGAAGUGGACUAAAUACGGAUCCCUAGUCAAUCCACAAGCCAGGAUAGUGAAUGUGACAGCAACGAUCACUACCACCGCACUGAAGCAGCUUCCCUCAGGAAGGGAAAGGACUAUUCCCAUUAUGAGUUCUGUUGUUUUCACUGAUAUUUCUUCACCUGCAGAGCCAGGCUAUAAAGCUUGGCCCACCAUUAACAUCAAGUUACCCUUUGAUUUUUUCUUCCCAUUUGUCUAA